CGAGAGUGCUUCCAACUUCUAGGCAUCGAUUUUGCUUGCGACAUAUAAUGAACAAACUUCCUGAGAAGUUUGGAUCACAUUGUCGAUAUGGGGAAAUCAAGAGUACUAUACAUAGGCACGCUCUCCGUAUCUUAACUCAGAUGGGCCAACAUACAAUACCAUCAAAAUACAUCUUGGAUCGGUGGAGGAAAGAUGUUAAGCAAAAAUACACCUUCGUGAAAAGUAGUUAUGACACUAGUAGCGUCGACGAUGCGCGAAGGUACGAUAGGAUCCAAAAUUACUUCUAUGAAUUGUGUUCCAAUGCUUCAAAGGCCGAGAGCAGUUGUGUUAAAUUGAUUAGUCAGAUAGAAUAUUUGAAGACACAAUAUCCUGGUAUUGCUGAUCAUGAUAUUAGCAACACAGUCGAUACAACUACUUCCAUGGGGGGUACGAUAGGCAGAGUUCUUAGUCUGUUGGUAGUUCGAAGUAAGGGAAGACUACCAUCUAAGAGAAAAGUGCACCCCGCUAAGAAGAGUUAUAAGAAACCUAGUACGAAAAGGCGAUUACACCACAACAAAACUGAGGUUCUUUUUUAUUAAUUCAUUUAUGAUUCAACAUAUUUUUCAUUUAUUGU